GUCGUCUUUUUUUCUCCGAAGACGAGUGUCGGCGUUCGCCUUGAGUGUUUACCAGAGUUUGUGUGCAAACGACGAGGUUUGCCCCAGAUUCCUCAGGGUAAAUCCGGGUGGAGACGCCAUUAUUUGGGAAAUAUCGUGGCGAUUUGUCGUGAGAUGUUGCGGCGUGGAUUUAUUACUGUGGCAUUUCCAAGCGGCGGCGGACACGGGGCGUCCAAGCCAGGCUAAGCUAAGGAACCAGCGGCCGGCCGGAGGAAGCUCACUAACAUUAGCUUAACCGAGCUAACAGCUAACGAGAACUGAGCCACAUUCACACGAGCGCGGAUCGAUUUUUUUGACGUCACUUAGCCCACUGCUCGGGGCCCUGGCGGAAGAAUCCAGCGGACUAGCCAAGGUUGGCCUAUCGAGCUAUCGUCCAGCAGAGCCACAUGCGCACAAAACGCAGACGAGCUGAUGUUAGCUGAGCCGAGCCAAAUCCACAGGAUCACAGACAGUUUUUCGACGUCCCCCCGCUCCAGCGGUCAAGGCAUCGGCGGAGGAUUUUAGCGGACAAGCUAACGGCUAAAGAGUGAGCGCAGCCAGCACGGGCUGCUUUUGACGUCGUGGCCGCCGACACAUGACAUCCACCAGCUAAACUUAGCAGCUCUCCUUCUUCACCCUCAAGCGGCGUUGUUUUUCGGAGCGACCAUGACUUCCAGUGGCUUCUCCGAUUUGCGCGAUAAACUACGGUCGAUGCCGCCGCACCGGGACGACUACCCGACGAGCAACGGCGGUAGCGGCGCGGGGCGAAAGCGCCGGCGCCGCGAGUCCGAUGACGACGACUGCGAGCACAGCGACGACAGCGGGGAGCUCCGCGAGCAGGAGGCCCACCGGGUACGCAGCAGCGUCCUCCAGAAGAGCAUCUUCACCCCGGAGGAGUGCGUGCGCAUCGAGCAGAAGAUCGACGAGGUGGUGGCCAAGGCGGAGGCCGGACUCUACCGCGAGCACACAGUGGACCGCGCGCCGCUGCGCAACAAGUACUUCUUCGGCGAGGGCUACACGUACGGCGCGCAGCUGGAGAAGCGCGGCCCUGGCCAGGAGAGGCUCUACCGCAAGGGGCAGGUGGACGACAUCCCCAGCUGGGUGCACGAGCUGGUCAUCAAGCGACUGGUGUCGGCCGGCGUGAUCCCGGAGGGCUUCGUCAACAGCGCCGUCAUCAACGACUACCAACCGGGCGGCUGCAUCGUGUCCCAUGUGGAUCCGCUGCACAUCUUCGCUCGGCCCAUCGUGUCCGUGUCGUUCUUCAGCGACAGCGCACUCUGCUUUGGGUGCCGCUUCCAGUUCAAGCCCAUCCGCGUGUCCGAGCCCGUCUUCGUGCUGCCCGUUCGUAGGGGCAGCGUCACGGUCCUCAGUGGCUACGCUGCUGAUGACAUCACACACUGCAUCAGACCCCAGGACAUCAAGGAGAGGCGAGCGGUCAUCAUCCUGAGGAAAACCAGACCAGAUGCCCCCAGACUGGACUCUGACAUCCCAUUAAGUUCCACACCAGUCGAGAAGGCGCCCGCCCUCAAAGCAAAGCGCUCUCAUCGCAAGGCCGACCCAGACGCUGCUCACAGGCCAAGAGUGCUGGAGAUGGACAAGGAGGAGAACCGGCGACACUCAUCGUUCGGCCAGCGCCGUCACAGUACGUCGUCGGACGACUACAGGAAGCGCGAGGCGGACUACGACAAACACCGAGAGAGCUCGUCGCGCAAAGUCAAAAUGCGGCGCCACUGAAGGAGGGACUCCUGCGUCGGGUUUCUUUUUACGAGCGCACCCGUUCUUUUUGGUUUGUCUUUAGGUGGAGACGUGAAGGGGCAUGUUUGUGUUCUGAAGAUGUACAUACCUUCAAAAGCUGCUUGUACAUAAGAAAAGCUGAGCUGUACAAUAACAUUUGUCUUAGUCUUUAAGCCUUGUCUUUUCUGCGUACAUUUCUCACCUUUUUGUUUCUUUCUCAGCAUCGACAAGUGUAGGAUGAUUGAAAAGUUGGGCCUCCUUCUUUUUAGAGUAUGAGAGGCCAUGUUAUUGCUUUUUCUCUAUUAAAGCACAAUGUUCCUCA